UCAUGGGGCCCCCGGGCAAUAGGGGAUCAUGGGGCCCCUGUGUCCUUGCCCAAACUCAAAAAAAGCCUAUGAAAAAGGUACCAGGAGCAUCUCAUGGGGGCCCCCUACUGACCCCGGGCCCUCGGGCAGUGCCAGAGUUUCCAAAUGGUCAGUCCGUCCCUGGUUAGGAACACAUUUAAUCCCUUAAUCACCCUAGAUGUUAACCCCUUCCCAGCCAGUGUCAUCAGUACAUUCACUCUAUCCAACUAUGUGAAUGGCUGGGCUGCAAUGAUGUCACUCCUGCACAUGCUCACAGGAGUCA